GACGCGCGCCCCAAAAGGACAGCGCAAGGCAAAACCAUGGACGCUUCCUUCUUCUUCCCUACUCCACUCCGCCGCCUCCCAAACCCAAUCCCACCGCCGCCGCCAUGGGCGCCCGCGCCUCCCGCCACCGCCACCAAUCCCCCUCCCAAUCCCAAUCCAGCGACGACUCCCAGUCCCACCACAAGCCACGACCCAAGCCCAAGCCCAAGCAUCACCACCAACCACCACAACCCCCUCCGCGGCAUCAGCCCCGCCACCACCACCACCCACCCCCGCAACGCCCUCCGCCGCAACAUCAACAACAACACCAGCAGCAGCACCAUGCGGCGGCGGCGGCGGAGGACACGGGCCGGGUCCUGGGCCGCCCGCUGUCGGACGUGCGCGCGACCUACACGUUCGGCCGGGAGCUGGGCCGGGGCCAGUUCGGGGUCACCUACCUAGCAACCCACAAGUCCACCGGCGCGCGCUACGCCUGCAAGUCGAUCUCCGCCCGGAAGCUGUCCCGCGGGGACGACGCCGACGACGUCCGCCGCGAGGUGCAGAUCAUGCACCACCUCACGGGCCACCGCAGCAUCGUCGAGCUCAAGGGCGCCCACGAGGACCGCCACUCGGUCAACCUCGUCAUGGAGCUCUGCGAGGGCGGGGAGCUCUUCGACCGCAUCAUCGCCCGGGGACACUACUCCGAGAGCGCCGCGGCGGCGGUCUGCAGGGAGGUGGUUAAUGUCGUCCACUGCUGCCAUUCCAUGGGGGUCAUGCAUCGGGACCUCAAGCCGGAGAACUUUUUGUUUCUGAAUAAGCGGGAGGACUCGCCGCUUAAGGCUACUGAUUUUGGUCUCUCCGUCUUCUUCAAGCCCGGGGAGCAGUUCAGGGAUCUCGUUGGGAGCGCCUACUAUGUGGCUCCGGAGGUGCUAAAGCGGCGAUAUGGAGCUGAGGCGGACAUAUGGAGUGCUGGAGUCAUCCUCUACAUUCUCCUCUCCGGUGUCCCUCCUUUCUGGGCAGAGAAUGAGGAUGGUAUAUUCGAUGCUGUUCUGCAAGGUCAUAUUGAUUUCUCAUCUGAUCCCUGGCCAUCAAUUUCACACGGGGCUAAAGACUUGGUCAGGAGGAUGCUGCGGCAGGACCCCAAGGAGCGCCUCACUGCUGCUGAAAUUUUGAACCAUCCAUGGAUUAGAGAGGACGGAGAGGCCCCAGAUAAACCACUUGAUAUUACAGUGAUCAGUAGAAUGAAGCAGUUCAGAGCAAUGAACAAACUUAAGAAGGUUGCCUUGAAGAUUGUUGCAGAAAGCUUGUCAGAAGAAGAGAUCGUGGGCUUAAAACAAAUGUUCAAAUCCCUGGAUACUGACAACAGCGGGACAAUUACUCUUGAAGAACUACGGGCUGGAUUACCAAAGCUCGGUACCAAAAUUACUGAAUCAGAAAUAAGACAGUUGAUGGAGGCAGCUGAUGUUGAUGGAAAUGGGACCAUUGAUUAUGUUGAAUUCAUAUCGGCAACGAUGCACAUGAAUAGACUAGAGAAGGAGGAUCACAUAUUUAAAGCAUUUGAAUAUUUUGACAAGGACCACAGUGGCUACAUAACAGUUGAUGAGUUGGAAGAAGCCUUGAAGAAGUAUGAUAUGGGUGAUGAGGCAACAAUCAAGGAAAUCAUUGCUGAAGUGGAUACAGAUCAUGAUGGGAAAAUAAACUACCAAGAGUUUGUUGCCAUGAUGAAAAACAAUAGCCCAGAGAUUGUUCCAAAUCGACGCCGCUUGUUUUAAGUCUUUCUGUGGUUGAUGUGAAGCUUAAGAUUUCUGCGAGUCUUACCGAGACAAUGACUAUUCAAGAUCCAUGUAACUGAAUGAGCGAAGCCAUUCAUAAAUACUCAAGCGCGGAAUGCGGUCAGGUAUUUGCAGGCGAUUCCUUAUGCUCGGACUGACUAUCAGUCAUGGAUGACUACUGCAGCGUGUGCUCUAAGUUGGGUGGCACUUUAUGAGCUUCCAUGUUAUACCACUUCAUCUUGUGUAAACGUGUGGGGUGUGCCUUCUGGUGUUGUGUCCCUUUCACUUGAUCAUUUGUGUAAAAGAAAAGGCUUUGUAAAGCACUCCCAAAUGAUCAUAUAAGGCAAGAUCAUGUUUUCUAAUGAAUAUAGCGCAAAAUGCUUCUGCCCUUGUAA